GAAAGUCUGCGUGUGAUGCAACCGGAUGCUCCUCCACCGAGGGGCUGCGGAUGGAGUGAGGGGGUGCCCUCAGUGGGCCAUGUAUCGCCGUUUGCAGCCAUGAUGCCCGUGGCCACCGUGAUGCCCGAUGACACGCCCAUGUUUGACCCCAGCAUCCUGCAGGAACUCGACUGGAGUGAGAACACCACGACCUUUUCUCCUGCUAUUUCUCCCCUGGAUCCAGGGGAUGGGCUGGUCCUCAGACCACUCUGCACAGCUGAUUUAAAUCGAGGCUUUUUCAAGGUUCUGGGUCAGCUGACAGAAACCGGAGUUGUGAGCCCGGAGCAGUUCAUCAAAACCUUUGAGCACAUGAAGAGAUCUGGAGAUUACUACGUUACCGUGGUGGAGGACACAAACCUGGGGCAGAUCGUUGCUACAGCAACGCUGGUUAUAGAACAUAAAUUCACUCACUCCUGUGCCAAGAGAGGCAGGAUAGAAGAUGUGGUGGUCAGCGGGGAGUGCAGAGGGAAGCAGCUUGGAAAACUAUUAACGUCCACCCUCACCCUGCUAAGUAAGAGACUGAACUGUUACAAAAUCACACUUGAGUGUCUGCCCAAAAAUGUGGAUUUCUACAAGAAGUUUGGCUAUUUGGUAUCUGAAGAAAACUACAUGUUUCAACGGUUCUUUAAUUAACAAUUUCUAGGUGUUUUGGGUUCUUUUUUUUUUUUUUCUUGGAAAGACUGUUGGUGGAGCGCUACAAACAUUCUCUCCGUGGAAAAUUUCUAUAGUUUAUUGCUGCAAAUGUAACAAUCCCUAUAGAUAAUGAACAUCAAAUGUGUAAAUCAUGGGGGAAAAAAAAUUACUGAGGUUUUAGAAAGGGUCCUCUGGGUUAGAAAAUAAGUUUAGAACUAAUUUUUACUACUGUGGAGUCGAGGUGAAGCUUUUCUGUUCUAGCUGAAUUACAAAAGGACUCGUUAAAGGGAUGGUUUUUAACCAAAGGUAUAUAUUUUUAUCUGAAAUUUUUUCUUGCAUUGUAUUUUUCUAAAGGUUUGUGCUUCUUUUCUCAGUAGCCAAAGGACAGCCCCUGGGACUGUCCUGGCUGUGCUGAUGGAAGGAUGACGUAGCUGGGGAAGGGAUGAGGCUUCUCUUAUGCAGAAUUAGUGACACAGAACAGGCCUUAGUUCUGGUUUUUUCCAUGACAUCUCAUGGAAGUGCUGGUGGUGCAUCAGAAGUUUUAUAGGCACUGUUUUCCAAGACUGGAUCUGUUACUGUUGGUACAGGUUAGGGAGAAUCCUUAAAGGCUGUGCUGAAUUCCCAGUCUAAAAAUGGAUGUGUGCUUCUCACUGCAGGGCUCC